UAUGCAGAAGUGAAGAUAUGGUGGCAACGAGGGAGCUCCUCCCUAUGGGUUGUUCUUAGACAUUACAAAAGAUGAGAAUCAGAGCACAUAAUAUUUAGGUUUAGAAUUUUUUCUAAAUUAAAAGUAAUUUCUAUAUUUUCUGCAGUAUCCAGCGAGGAAGGCCCAUCUCCAUUACUCCUAUCUCCUCCUUGAGUGAAAUCUUGUUUCAUACUCCUUUGUCUCGCAGCCACAAAAGGAAAUUUAUAUCGUUGCUUGAUGCCAUCUGAUACAACUAUCUCAAAGAAAACUGUGUAGGAGAAAGCAAGCAGAGAGAUUUAUCUGCUUUUACACAUUGUCUUGCCACAUCUUGUAAUCAAAACCAACAAGCAGUUUGCUAGUUGAACUCAAUCACUUGCUGCCUUUGUACUUCAUGUGGAGGUCUGUCCUAUUCUUUUACUCUAGGUUGAAGACUUUGUUCCUGAUGGCUUUGAACAUCUUCUUUGAAAGGGACCAAACUCCUGCUUGUUUGCAUGAUUUAAUGAGAAAGCAAAGUUAAUAUAUCCAAAUGUGCCUUUGGUUUCCAUUACCUGUCUCCAGACUAUAUUACCUUGUCCUAUUGGAUGUGAUUUCCCAUAUUUUCUCUGAAGGGUAAAAUGACAAGAGCAGGGAGGAAUGAAAAAUUGGAUUGAAAAAGAGGAGUUUAACUGUAGCUGUUUGAAUUGAGCUUUCAAGUUUUGGUUCUGGGGCUUGGUUUUGAUUUGUGUUUUAAAAUCAUAUUAGAUAUUUAGAUCAGUUUUAAGUCUGUAAGAUACUGCUGUUGUGGUUGAUACUUUUUCUAUUGGACCAUAGAAUUGGUUGCAAUCCUUCCACAUCCUGAGUUUAUUACCUUUUUCAUGGCAAUUAUUAUCAGGAAAUUUGAAGCAAUUGCCAUACAUUUGACUACUUUUGUGUCCACUAUGUGCACCACAUGCCUCUAGCAUGGUGAUAUGCCGGAAACAUCUAGUAUUUAUAAGUUGACGAGUUUAUUAUGUCUAUAUCACAUGAUUGAAGUUGCUUUGUUUUUCUUUUUUUGCUCUUUAGCAAGUUGCCACUAUUCGUCUUUUGCUAUUUCGUUUAUAUAGAAUUAAGUAUUUAUGAAUCAUAUGGAGCAUUGACUUCAGUAUGUUUAGGUCUUAGGGAGUUCUAUUUUAGAUGCUGCACAAAUAUAUCACAUUAGAAGAUGAGAAACAGAUUAGAAAAAAUUCAAAGAGGUUUUUUGUGGGGAAAUAUUUGGGAAGACAACAAGAUGCACUUAGUGAGCUGGUCUAAGGUUUGCAAGGAGAAAAAGUCUGGAGAUUUGGAUAUUAGGAGAUUGGAGAUUCUCAAUUGGGCCUUACUUGAUAAAUGGUUGUGGAGGUUUACUCUUAAGAGAGAAAACUAAUAGAGGAAGAUCAUUAAAGGGAAAUUCAAGGAGAUGGAAGGGGGAAGGUGAAGGAGUCUUUUGGUGUGAGUACGUGGAAAGACAUUAGAAAAGAUCAGGAUGGUUUUAGCCAUAGGACAAUCAUCCGAGUCAAACAUGUUAGAAUAACAAAUUUUUGGAAGGACAAUGGGGUGGGGGAGACUAGUCUGAAAGAAGCCUAUCCUCUGCUGUUUAGUUUAGUUUAUCAUAAGAAUGCCAUGAUGGCAGACAUAUGUGGGAAGGGGGGAGGCAAUGGAGGUUUAGUGGUUAGUGUAGUUUAGAAGAUCCUUCCCAAAUUAGAAAGUGAAGGGAGUCUCCUGUUUUAUGGAGCUUAUUUAUACAGCAAAGUGCAAGAAGCAAGGGAGGCUAUCUUUUCCAAGCCAAGGAAAUUUGGGGUUCUCAUGCAACUAUGAGAUCUCGUUUCUUUGCCUUGGAAGCAGUUUGGGGGGAAAUCCAACCACUAACAUGUUAAUGAAGAGGGGGGUCAAUGGUUAUGGACAUAGUCUUCGUACAGAGGGAGAACUGAGAAGAGUUUGCUAACCAUAUCUUGAUUCCUUGCAAAAGGACAAGGAGCUAUAGAUAUUUCUCUUAGCAAUCUUUGGUUUGAAAUGGGUAUUUUUAGCAACUAUGAGAAAUUUGCUUCUUGACUGGAAGUUUAAGGGAUUGGAUAAGAAGAGAUAUCAUGGCUCCUAUGUGUUUGUUUUGGUACAUUUGGAAAUAGUGCAACCACCGGAUCUUGAGGGGUGCAGAGCUCUCAUAUUGGAGGUUAAACCUCAUUAGAACCCUCUUGGAAUGGACAAGUGACUCGCAAUAUUUGGGAAUUUUGUCAAUGCUUGAUUUUCUUGAUAACCUUAGUUGUGAGUAGCUGUGGUUUUUUGGCUGGCUUCUAUUCGUUUUUCUUUGUCUUUGUUUAUGCUUCUUGCAUACAUAGGUGUGCUCCAUUCUUUGGCUCUCUUUUAAUAGAUUUGCUAUGUUUGCCUGUCAAAAAAUAUAUAUCAUAUUAGGAGGGGUAUGGAACUGGCAGACCUUGUGUAAGUGCUGUGUUGGAUCUCAAUCCAGCUGUUAUGUGGUUUCUAGGAAAAAAAGAAAGAGAACAAUGGGUGGAUGAGUCUUGAACACACAGUUGUGGCCUCUUGAUUAAGAAAUGCUGCCAAGAUUAAUGUUUGUCUACCAUGUUGGUUUACUGCCGGGUCAUCAUCUUAUAAUUGCCAGGGCUGUCAUUUUUACCGUAAUUUUUUAUGGUAACUUCAUCACCCAAAUUUGUUUCAGUAGGAUUGUAGGAUUCCAUGCAGGGCCCAAGGAUGUCCUGAAGCAGAGAGAUCUACUCUGGUACAUGGACAUAACCUGGCAAAUGCCUGCUUCCGUGCCCUUCAUAACAGAGGCUUACCAGCCCGGUCAAAUCUUGACAAAAGUUGGCACAGCGAUGUCUCAAAACUUAAAUGUCAGCACUGUUGUAAAGUUGACUUGCAGUGCUCAACACUAGUACAGUACAACGUUAUGAAAACGCAUCCUUCUUCAAUCCAUGUGAACUGCUGCCUGCAGGCGUAUUUAAGAAAUAGUUGUGCCGUCAGAAUAGUAGUAUGAUAAAUUUUUCCAGAAAUAUGGAUUUUCUUUCAGGGUUGGUCUCCAUGACAAAAUUCAAGGCCUAUGUCUCAUUGUUGAUUGUGCAGUAGAAAUUCUUCUUCUGCCUGGAAAAUAUGAUUACAUACCAAUACAGGAUCAUCGAAGUUUCAAGCACAAAGGCCAAUCCCCUGAAUAAGAUGAUUUGCGUAUAUAAUCGGACGGAUGAGUCACAUUCAACCCAAAAUCUUAGACUUGUUCUCCAUACAAGUCGAGCUCUUCACCACAUUGGGCAAUGCAUGAUCUGAGGCUGGGAGUACUCAAAAUGUUGCAGAACAAGCACACACAAGUCACUCCACUAGAAAACACUUUUCAAGUUUUGUUGUUUUUCAGCAAAAGAUAAGCGGUUUAGAGCACUUUAUCUCAACACUUGAGAGAAAUCGUGUACCAAAGCGGCUGUACCUUACAAGAUAACCACUCUUGUCACCUCUUAUGAACAAGUUAAACAAGGUAACGUGGUUGGCAUGUAUGAGAGGUGCCCCAACUCUACACUGUACAAAUCCCACCUCCAAAUAUGUCACAAUGGCCUCUAACAAGAAUCCCUCUUUUUCCCUUAUUUUCUGGUUAAAGCUCUAAACAGCUGGGACCCCCCAUUGCUCAUAGUAAAAUCCAACCCACCUUACUUAUAUAAGGCCAUCAGCGCUGCAAACCAAAACCAAAUCAAACACCAUCUUCCAUACUUGUCAAUUUCUCCAUAUUUAUUGAUGCCCACAAGUGAACUUCACCUUCACUUAGUUUACAGUAUCUGAAAACUCCCUUCUGGGGUUCCAAUUCUGCAGCUAUGAAGAUGGAAAAGGUCAUCCUCGUUGCUCUAUCACUUGUUCUAGUGUUUGGUCUGGCUGAGAGCUUCGAUUUUGAUGAGAAGGAUUUGGCUUCCGAGGAGAGUCUCUGGGACUUGUACGAGAGAUGGAGGAGCUACCACACAGUUUCCCGUGACCUUGAAGAGAAGAAUAAGCGCUUCAACGUGUUCAAAGAGAACACGAAGCAUGUUCACAAGGUAAAUCAGAUGGACAAGCCUUACAAGUUGAAACUGAACAAGUUUGCAGACAUGACCAACCAUGAGUUCAGAAGCUCCUAUGGUGGUUCUAAGGUUAAACAUUAUAGGAUGUUACGUGGUGACCGGAGAGGCACUGGUGGAUUCAUGCAUGAGAAAACCACCUAUUUGCCACCAUCUGUUGAUUGGAGAAAGAAAGGAGCUGUCACUGGAAUCAAAGAUCAAGGCAAAUGUGGAAGCUGCUGGGCAUUUUCAACUGUAGUUGGCGUGGAGGGCAUCAACCAAAUCAAAACAAAGGAACUACUGUCUUUAUCGGAGCAACAACUGAUUGAUUGCGACAGAUCUGAUGACCACGGUUGCAAUGGAGGGCUAAUGGAAAGCGCAUUUGAAUUCAUUAAAAAAAAUGGAGGAAUAACAACAGAGAAUAACUAUCCAUACAAAGCUAAAGAUGAGAGAUGCGACAUGUUGAAGAUGAAUGCUCCCGUGGUGACAAUUGAUGGGCACGAAAGCGUACCAGUGAAUGAUGAGAGAGCCUUGAUGAAGGCAGUUGCUCAUCAGCCUGUAUCGGUUGCAAUAGAUGCUGGUGGUUCGGAUCUGCAGUUUUACUCAGAGGGAGUGUUUGACGGAGAAUGUGGGACAGAGCUAGACCAUGGGGUGGCAAUAGUGGGGUAUGGAACAACCCUGGACGGAACAAAGUACUGGAUAGUGAAGAACUCAUGGGGAGCUGAAUGGGGUGAGAAGGGUUACAUAAGGAUGGCUCGGGGGAUCCAGGCAGCCGAAGGACAGUGUGGUAUAGCUAUGGAGGCUUCCUACCCAGUCAAGUCCUCCAACAACACUAGAAGAGGAUCAAUAAAGGAUGAACUCUAGAACAUAAAUUCGGUAGGUUGUGCUGCUACUUUGGUAAAUUAGGUGCUUUAUGGUGGAACAGUUUUUAGGCUUUGUUUUAAUUGAUAAUAAAAGCUCUUGGGUAUGUGAAAUAGCUGUAUCUCCAAUAACUUAAUAUAUUAUAUGCAGGGAAUUUCCAAUUUCAAUA